GAGGGGAGUCUGCAUACUGAAAUGGGAAGCUCACAAGCAAAUGGUAGUAUCAGCCUUUUUUCAUCCACGCUUGCCAUAUAUCUUCACUGCAGCAAGUGAUGGAGAAAUAAAAGUCUGGAGUAACUCACACUACCAGCAAGUCCUAUCCUACAAUUGUCCAUGGAGUGGGGCGGUCGGUAAUAUGAGUCCAUGUGAGAACUCUAACUUGCUUGUUCUUGGCGGUACUGGAGAGUUUCGUGUAGUUCAAGUAACUUCUCCUCUGAUAGAGUUAACGAAGAAGAUUGAGCAAGUGUUUGGUGAAUUGAAAGCAGAGCACCAGAGGGUCCUGGAGCUGGAGAAAGAGGUACAAACGGUGGUAGGGAGGCUGGAGGAGUCGAAACAGGAGAUUCAGGAGGUGAAGAGCGAGUUGCAAGAAGAGAAGAGCAAACUGCAAGAAAUGAUAAAGUCCAAGGCAUGUCUUGCAGAUAAGAUCUCUGAGCUUGUGUCCGAGAGAGAAAGACAAGCAGAGAAAGACGCGAAGUCGAGGGCACAUUUGGAGGAAAGAAUCUCUAAGCUGGAGUCUGAGAAAGAGAGACCGCCCCAGAAGGUUCAGGAACUUGAGCAAAGAUUGCAAGAAGAUGUUGGUGAUACGCACACAAUGCGCAUUGAAUUUCCCUUGCUCCAAGAGUUUUCAAGCGAGGAACUCCAGGUUGCUACAGAAAAUUUUGAUGUGAAGUGGAAGCUUGAACAGGGGGAUCAGCAUGAAGAUGGCUAUCGGGGAAAACUGAAUGAUGGCACUCUUGUCAUGGUGAAGAAGAUUAGAGAUGUGAGUAGGCAAGCGAUUCCUCACGACACGUUGAAGUCAAAGGUCGUCGAUAGGUGGAAGUUGCUUCGGCAUCCCCAUGUGUUGACCCUGCUAGGAGUCUGCUACGAAGAGAGUUGCCUUGUUUACGAGCAUAUGGCACGUGGAACUGUGAAAGAUUGGAUUGCAUGUGCAAGACAAAGCGCAUGGUAUGCCCGCUUCCGCGUAAUGGCAGAGGUUGCUAGAGGACUGUGCUUCCUCCAUUCCGAUCCGCUGGGCACUGGUGGUCCCAUCGUCCACUCUGCCAUCAGACCAACAACCAUCUUUCUAGAUGGCAACUUUGUUGCAAAGAUUGGUUGUGUUGAUCACGCGCUGCUUGAUUCAGAACCUGCCCAAGGAGCGGAGAAGAGAGAGGCGGUCUCUCAACUGUUCAACAGACAUAGGUCUCACUAUGUUGCUCCGGAGUACUGGCAGUCCCAUGUUUUCAAUGAGAAGACAGAUGUCUUUGCCUUCGGCAUCACACUUCUGGAGGUGCUCACUGGAAGUUUCUCGAAUGCAUUUGAAGUUAUUGAGGACGCUAUAGAUGAUGAUAAUGCCUUUGAGAACGUUCUGGAUCGCAAUGCAGGCGGUUGGGAUAUUCGUCUUGCUCGGGAAGUAGCAAGUCUGGGCUUGUGUUGUUCUAGCUACAACAGACGCAAGAGGCCAAACAUGACGGCACCCGACACAGGCAUCCUAGCCAUACUGGAGGGAGCUGCAAGCAAGGUAGAGCUCGCAGCAUCCAUGGGGAAUGCAUAGAAAGUUGGGGGUGUGUCUGUCUGAUGAUACAUAGCAGGCCAGGUGACACUACUGCCAUUGGAGGUCAGGGCAUCGUCCUUCAAUGGGUACCUGAGUUCCCAGUUUGUGCCAAUUUGAGA